GUCAGGACUGUUUUGAUGCACUUGGCUAAAAUGUUAGGGACGGUUAGCUGUAAAAACAUCGGCAGAAGCGUCUAUUUUUAAAUGUUUCGUAUUUCCCGGACGGAUGUUUAACGGUAUACAAGAAAUUCCAAAUAACUUUGCUUCUAGAAAUGUUCGCGUUUCUUUUCACUAGCAUUGCAUGCUACUGUUUUUAGCCCUAGCCAGCUGGCAUGGCGUGAAUUCUGCAAACCCAAAGAACCAAUGUCAAGACUGCGUCGAGCUAGCUAACGGGAUUGGGACGAGCCGAAAUGGACGCCCCAUCACCCCAGACAGAUUUCUAGUGGUGACACUAGCAACUCCAGUCCGCCACAUCCUGGCCCCGCAAGAACCCAAACCGCGGCUCUCUGUUUUUUUUUCUAUGACACAUCCAAUUUAUGCCCAGCUAGAUUCGGUAGAAUCGCUGUUGGACAAACUUCCAUAUAUGUUUUAUCUGGGCCUGUUCUUUGUGAACGUCCUGAUCCUCUAUUAUGCCUUUCUGAUGGAGUACAUCGUCCUAAAUGUGGGGAUAGUAUUUCUGCCUGAGGAUAUGGACCAGGCGCUGGUGGACCUCGGGGUGCUGUCCGACCCGGCCUCUGUCCCUUUUGACACGGACAACGAGCUGGAUGUUUUUGAGGGGUAUCUUGAGUGACAGGGCGAUCCUGGAGCAAGAAAAAUAAAUGUUAGUGGCGGUGGUGAUGAUGCAGAUUUCCGGGACAGAUUGGACCAGCGUAAACACUCUGGUCAGUGAUGUGAGGAAAACAUGCCUCAAAGCGGAUGCUGUUUCUCACACAGACAUGUCAAUGAAAAAGUUUUCUCUAAAAGAAGGUAGCCUGAGGAAGAGAUUCAGCACCACCGGCCACAUGAUCAGCGACUGUCCCAUGGGUGGAGCUCUCUGCACCGGAUCAGCUGUCGGUCUAGUCUGAUACCAUUCUAAUAGCAAUUGACUCCAAUUGGACACCAUGAAGUUAGCGCUGGCAUUUGUGUUCACUUUAGACACAAUGAAAGGGAAAAAAAGGAAGCACAAUGUGCUCUAAAUGGAAAGAGACAAGUGAUCCCUGUGGAUGUAAAAUGAAUGUUACCAGAGAUGUGGAGCAUGACUCAGAUCGUCUAAAUUGCGGCCAGUUCAGAUACAGUAGCCUGAUGUGGCUGGCAUUUACACUGGACAACUGCCCAGGCUGUUCGAGAUCUGGUACUCGACUGCUGAAGAAGUGAAGUAAAACUAGCCACUUCAGUCACAGUGUCACGUCCUACACAGUGUGACAUCUCAGAAGCACUGGCAAAGAGUUGGAAAACGAUGUCCACUGUAGGUCUGUUGCAUACUUAAUCACUCACAGUACAACUAUUUGUUCUUUUUUUUUUUUAAGUUUUCAGAAUACAGAAUGCAUUGCUACUUUGCAGGCUCAUAGAUCCUUGAGGUGUACAUUUAAAAUGUGUCUUUUGAGGUCAUCCAUACUGUAUAUUUGCUUCAGGGAUGUACACACUCUCAGGAGCACGGUUAGAAACUGUGGGUGCACUGGCGAGACACUGAUACGAGACACAGGCUGUGAAACAUAGGAGACCCUUAAUCUUUUCAAGCUCUCUUAUGAAUCAGAAACACCGCACUUGCCACACUCUUUACGGCAAUACAGCAAGUAUUAAAGCAUGAAAAAGAACCUCAGAAGAAGUGCUUCGGAUAUUUGACUUUUUCAUCCUUUAAAUGUUGCAUUCGUGUUUUUGUUUUUUAAUGUUACAAAUGUGUGUUAGACACCGAAAAGAUGUGACGCAUGAUAUUAGAUGUGUGUUUUAAAAAGGGUUUAGUUGUCAGAGCUUGGUUUUAUCACACCUUCUUCUGUUCAGUUUGUUAUGAAUUUGGAAUUCUGUUAAAAUGUAUUUUCUUGGCAGCAAUAAUAAACUGAAUUCAAGCAAUGAGGCAAUUCAAUACAAUAUAUUUGCAAGCCUUGAAGGUACUGUACAUACUAUAGGUCUGUGAAGAGCACUUAUAGCCCAGCUGAUUAACUAACAUUGAUUUUUGGAGGCAACACAGAGGAACCAGUAUUUUCUCACAGCGCCUGUCUACCAGAAUAAGCAAAUAUCAAAAUAAAACUAAAAUAGUCAUUGCAAUGUGGUGACGGUCGUCCACCAAAUAACUGACGUUGUAGAGAGAAAACACGUUUAAACAUAUUUGCACAUGCACUGGUCAUACUCUAAACAAGCUUUAGUCCAGGAUUUCAUUGCCUGACAACCUUUCACCAAGAUGGGGUUUUCACCAACACUUAGCCAUUUCAAAUGGCACACUAAAUAUAACCAGAUAAUUGCCCACAACCACAUUGUGAAAUGAAUGAAAAAGAAAAAAAACAUGCUAGACAGGGAUGUUAAAAUAUGAUUGUCAAAAACAUUGACGACAGCGCAGUUUAAUAUGAACAGACUAUGAUAUUUACAAUUUCAAGCUGAUUUCUUUUACCACGCAAGACUGUUUUUCAAAUAAUUCAUAUCAGAAUUCAAUCAGUAUUGAUUAAUUAUGACUUAUAACCAAAUUAUUUCUUCAUUCUGGAUUAAGGCUACCAGUAAGCAAUAUGUUGUGCUGCCAUUUUCAAUGUUUGGAUUGUUUAUGCGUUUGUAUAAAUCAGUGUAUCUAUUUUUGGGCGGGAUAAAAGUGAAUCUGAAACAGCAUUUAGAUCACGUGACACUAAAGCUCAGGAUACUAAUAUUGGUUAAAAUACCGUAAAACAUGUUUGUAUGGCAUCUGAUCAAAAAGAUCAUGGAAACAAUACAAGGAAAGGGCUCACUGUUGAUGAACAGUGAAUCGUAUUCUGAAAAUCAAUUGCGAGUGCAGCUGUGAAAUGGGGAAGAUCUUACUUUUGUAUGAAAACUGUUUAUAAAUCACUGGUGUUAUAGUUGCAGGUACAAGGUACCAAGUUUGUGGCAUUUCCCGGGCUUGAUACCACACUGUGCUGGUCAGGUUUUGAUCCAUUCUGCUCACAUCUUAGUUUAGUGGAAACUUAUGAUACUUCCCAAGGACUGUAACAGAUCAACAUGCAGCCUUUACCCAGUGCUUGUGUCAACCCUCCACAUCUGCUUCUUUGGAAACAUGUACAUGCUAUGAUAAGCAAUGGAUGGUAACAGAGUUUUAUUUUCUACUGUGUAUUUAAUAAACUUUCUGCAAAUACCA